AUGACGAGUUUCAGAAAGUGGUUACCCAAAUGGGCCGCGGUAUCCCAUGGCAAUUAUGGCCACGACAGAGGCGACAGAGAAGAGGGAGGCGAAAACUCCUCUUCGACAGAAUUAUCAUCCUUAGGAACCGAGUGCAGUCGGGAGCACUUGAACACCUCGUCAGUAUGGAAGCCAGUUUGGUACACCGGUUGGCACGCAGGUGUCUUAGCAUGCGCCACAUCUGCAGUAGUAGUUCUCUUUAUAAACGUUGGUUUAACAAUCUACGCUGCCACGAACCCAGGGUACGAGAAGCAAGGGGGAAUUGUGACGCUGUACAAUGGCGGCAGUUGUGAUCAGAGCAAGAAGAUUGGGACGUGGUUGCACCUGGGGAUAAAUGCCCUUUCCACUCUGUUGUUGUCAGGAAGCAAUUAUACGCAGCAGUGCCUUGCAGCCCCGACACGCAGGGAGAUUGACGCUGCACAUGCUAGGAGACAGUGGAUGGACAUCGGUGUUCCGAGUGUUAGGAACUUGUUUAGGAUUAAGCGGGAGAGAGCCUUCUUGUGGAUUGUAAUUGGGUUAACAAGCGUUCCCUUGCAUCUACUGUAUGUUUGUCGAUAAUGCCACCCCCGCCCCAGCUUUGGGACUGAAGCUGAUUGGGAAAUUCUAGCUACAAUUCUGCGGUGUUUACUUCAAUAGCGGUGGGUGACUUCGUCGUGGCCUUUGUGACCAGCAAUUACUUUGAACUAGGGGCCUACUCAAACUUUACGGCUGCGUUAGGGGGGUAUGAGCUCUGGGAGGACCGGGUGCCGAAGCGCAGUCUGUUUGGACCUGCACUCAGGGACUACUGGGAGAACUCCCAAACAUACGAAAAAUACGAAGAAUCGAAACUUUCUAACUGCAUAGACAUUUAUAAAACCGACUUCGUCUCCGGCCAUGGCAACUUAUUUCUGACCACAAAAUAUCCUUCCAACGCCCCGCACAAGAAUACCCUCCUAGGCAUGAUCUCUAUCGAUGCCGGUGGCACCCGGUCAAGUAGUUGGAUGUGCUCUUACGAGAUGGCGAUCGAUGUAGGCCAUAUUUACAGGAGGGAUUAUUUCGUCUGCGAUCCAGGCGACGUAGCAUCGAAUGUGGCCAAGAGGCUUCCAUGGCGGUUGAAGUUCACAAACGGGAAUGAGGUAGAGAUUACCGGGUGCACGAGCAAGAAGAUAGAGGAGGAUUGCAAAGUGCAAUUCUCCUUAGGGAUCAUGAUCGCCGUUAUCUUCUGCAACCUCGUUAAGGCUUGCUGCAUGAUCAUAGCGGUUGUCAGAACUCGGGAGCCCACACUGGUUACUUUGGGUGAUGCUGCAGACUCUUUUUUGAGAAUCCCGGACCAGACGACGAUUGGGAUGUGCUUUGCCGAUCGGAGGUUCGUCACGCGGGAGUGGAGGCGUGGGGGGAGGCCCGGAGCAAGGCGGUGGAAGCAAAAGGGGGUGCAGAAGUGGUGGAAUAGUGUUAGUAAGAAGAGGUGGUUGAUCUGUAAUUUCUUUUGCUUGACAACUAUUAUUGUUGCAGGGGUCUUACUCCGGAUGGGAAUACAGAAUGACAUGGCAUACGGGAGCAGGGGCCCCAAAUCAAUGUAUGUUCUCGUAUUCCCCGUGCAUUCGAGCACUUCCUUCGUGCACAAUAUUAACAGAUAAAUCAAAAAAGGUGGCACAAAGGCUUCGGCAAAGUUAACAGCGUCUCCCUGGUUCGUUGGAAAUUUAGAAACAUAACCGGGGCAACCCUCCUUGCGAACCUUCCACAAACAAUCCUCUCGUUCCUUUACUUAACCUACAACUCCCUAUUCACCUGCAUGCUCUUGGGCCACGAGUGGUCUCUCUUCGCCCACCACCAUCGCACCCUCCGCGUCACGUCACCGCGGCCAGGGCAGCGUUCCACAUACUGGCUUCAAAUACCCUACACCUACGGCAUCCCUCUAAUGACUCUGAGCGGUCUCCUCCACUGGCUAACCUCGCAAUCGAUAUUCCUUGCGAGGAUCGAGGUAACGGGGCAGGAAGGGGGGGAGCCUCUAACGAAAAAUGUUGUAGGGUACUCUUGCAUUUCCAUCGUUUUCGUUAUCAUCCUUGGGAGUAUUGCAUUGGUAACUGCAGCCGGGAUGGGGUCUAAGGCAUUUGCUGCGGAGAUCACUACUGUCGGGAGUUGCUCU